AAUGUUAAGGUUUGGGAAGGACGUAGAGAAUGGUUAUCUUAUUUGUUGUUUCUUAUUCUUUCAAACCCUGACGUCAGAGCAACGUCAUUAGAGAGGUGAGGGUGCUGUCCAAGGUGCUGAAUCCUGAGCCAGGUCCUUCAAUGCAAAGCAGCCACAGAUGCAACGGGUGUUAGUGUGAUUGGGAUGUGGCGAGUUUAAAGACUCAGGACAUGUGGAUUGAGUUUUGAAAAAUGUUUAAAUUUACUGAAGACGGAUAUAAUUUGAGAAAUACUUAAGAGAAGCUCGCUAAAAUGGAUCUGCUUCCAGCCCAGGAAGCUGCGAAAAUCUACCACACCAACUAUGUGAGAAACUCUCGAGCCAUCGGCGUCAUGUGGGCCGUGUUCACCAUCUGCUUUGUCAUCAUCACCAUGGUGGUCUUCAUCCAGCCCUACUGGAUCGGGGACAGCGUCAACACCCCGCAGGCCGGCUACUUCGGCCUCUUCAACUACUGCAUCGGCAACGCGCUCACCUCGGAGCUCAUCUGCAAGGGCAGCGUGUUCGACUUCAGCUCCAUCCCUUCACCGGCCUUCAGGACCGCCAUGUUCUUCGUGGGGACCUCCAUGCUGCUGAUUGUGGGCACUAUGGUCUGCUUCAGCUUGUUCUUCUUCUGCAACGCCGGGAACGUCUACAAGAUCUGUGCGUGGAUGCAGCUGGCCUCAGCUGCGUUGAUGGUGAUGGGCUGCAUGAUCUACCCGGACGGCUGGGACUCUCCAGAGGUGAAAAGGAUGUGUGGUCAAAAGACGGAUAAGUACAGCCUGGGGAACUGUACGGUACGCUGGGCCUACAUCCUGGCCAUCAUCAGCAUCCUGGACGCCAUCCUCCUGGCACUUUUGUCCUUCACCCUCGGCAACCGGCAGGACAAACUGCUGCCAGAUGACUUCGAGGUGGAGGGAGGAGCAGAAAACCCCUGAUGAACAUAGACCUUCAGGAUCAGUGUGAUGCAGAUGCAGAUUCAAUGAACAAGCAUCCUGAGAUAUGAUGUAGUUUUGGUCAAACUACUCACCUGUCUUUUGGUUAUUUGAAAUGCAGCAGUUAUUUACUGCUUUAUAAUCCUGACAAGAACUGCAGUUUCAAAUAUGUAAAAACCUAAUAAAAAAGAGCUCAACACAAUCACUUUGUAUUGUAUGAACAUCUGUUUUUAUUGUAUGGUGUUGUACAGUUUUGUAAAUCAACAACUUACACAAAGUCUAUGUUCUUAAAUCUGACACUGAUGUAAUUUUAGUUUUUACCUAGGCUCAAUAGAUACUUUACUUUGAUAGGAUCAAUUUGGGACACCAUUGCAUAACAUCAGAUCUCACCUGUUCUAUGGUAAAAACAUUAUUAAACAGGUGGCAAUACAUACAACUGAGCUUGAACACAUCUUCCAUACUCUUUAUUAAAACACAGCUAUCCAGCUAAAUAUUCUUAGCGAAGAUAUAAGAUUUGUUAAAAA